CUGACACAAGUUUCGGUGCUAGAGUCGUGGAUCGGUAAUAGUAACGAGCGACGAUAUAAUGGUGUUCCGUAAAAUAUUCAAGGGUAGACGAUCCCGUUCUAGAAAGGAGAAAAGUUUCAGUGACGCGAUCAGCAUAGAUGCUUCUAUUUCGUCGCGUAGCUGCCGCAAAGGACCGACGAGAUACGAUGGGGCAUUUGUUGAAACUGUUACGACAACAAUGGAAGAGCAAGAUGCUGACUGUUAUGAUUGUAAUCCACAGCGAAAUGAUUCCCACGCGAUAUAUAUGUUUCCGACAGCGUGGAAGGAGCGAACCGGAAGCCGCUGUGACGGUGCGUAUGAUACAAUCGAUACAGAGAACAGAACCAAAACAACCCUUCAGGAUGACGAUGACUCAAUAACGGAGAUGAAAAAUUACGAAAUGGGUUGGGAUCUUGCCGUUGAUGUCAACGAAGACCGAUACAAAAGCAAAGAAGAUUCAUUGUCGUGGGUAGAGAGCUCCUUGUCAUGUUUAGCCUGCGUAUGAUUCCAGAUAGGGAUCCAGUUGGGGAGAUUAUAUCACGAAAUGUAAUCAACUUGCUCUCAAUCAAUGAAACGAAACGCUACGUCGUGGUAGCGGUAAAAAAUCGAAGCAAUAGUAACCGAAUUCGGAAUUCAAGUAUGAACUAUGGAAUCGACCAUUAUCGCGUUUGGUCCAUGCGUGAAGGAAGACUAGAAAAGAACUGUAACAGACAUAAAUACACAAAAAGAAGAUAAUGCAGCUUGCACUCCGUUAGUUUCAAGCAGUGAAACCCAUGGUUGAGGCGGAAACCAAUACACCAAAUAAGGGAACCCUGGAUUCAAGCUGACGGAGUAUGAACUGUAAAAUUGUUAUUAAAGCAAUCAGUAUAUCUGGAACAAUUCUGUUCUAUCGAAAGUCCUGCUUUACCAAUAUUGAAUAUAAUUGCUUCGACUGACUGCAGCACGACAACAUAAAGUAUCAGAAUAAGAUGAUCGAAAAAGACGACGGCAAUAGAAGACGAAUACAUAG